CGUGAAGAUGGCGUCGCUCUGUCAACUUUCUCCAUCACAUCUACGGUUGUUUGGACUUCGAACUUUAAUCUGUCAUUCGGUUAAAGUUUAUCUGACACUCCAGUUGAUUGUUUCGUGCUUUCCUUAUUUAGCUAAAGGUGCAAUAUGCAAGAAAACUGAAGGUUCGGAUUGUAAAUGCGAGAGCCCUGGUAUGAAAGUUGAUCUCACCUCGCUGCCUGGUGUCCCAGGAGGAAGUUAUUCAGCUCCAGGAAACACAUCAGAAGAAGUGUUCUUUUAUAAUCCCUGUAAACCAUUCAGUAAGUCAGGAGCUUGCCAGGAGGUUCUGAUGUGCCAACGUAAUAAGGGGUCGUAUUACGUUUUGGGAAGAUCAGGUUCGGUGGUUUUCACUGGUUCCCCUGAGGACAAAAACUUGGCACUGAACUACACUGUAAAAACACCGAGCUCCACGCCAGUGACAAGACAUACCAGGGUGGCUCUGAUCUGUAGCCACAGUACCACACCUCAAUUGAAGUAUUUGCAAGAAAAGCCAACUACUUAUUAUAUGUUUGAGUUCCACACAAAUCUUGUUUGCUUACCUGCUCCAGUUAAUCUCAGUACAGGGUCAGUCAUGGUGAUUUUGUUUUUCGUGUUUUUGGUGAUUUACUUGGUUGGAGGGGUGCUCUUCCUGAGGAUAGCACGAGGUGCACAGGGGGCAGAAAUGAUUCCUAACAGAGAGUUCUGGUUAGACUUUCCUUUACUGGUGAAGGAAGGGGUGUACUUUGUAUGCAGCGGUUGUAAGACAGACACCACAUAUCAGCAGAUCUGAUUCCGGUACUUGUUACAAAGGAUCCAGUAACCGGCUGGCAACAGUAAAGUGUACAUGUGUAUUUGUUAUGAGGGAUUGAGUAGUGAGCUGGCAACAGUAAAGGGUAGUUUGUUACAAGGGACCCAGUAACGGGCUGACAACAAUGAAGUGUACAUGUGUGUUUGUAAUUCAGUUCAGAGCUCUGGUCUGCCGUUCAUUUCUGCCUUUGCGAUGAUGUUUAGUGGACAGUCUGGGAACGUAGGACUCCCUCGUUGCAUCGGUUCUAUAGUCAGGUCAGCUUGGGACCAGGUUGCUUAGGAAAAUGUACCCCAUUUGUUACUGUUACCUAAUACCAAUAUGUGCCUCUGAUGUUCUUGUGAAUAUAGAAACUGUAUACAUGCAGGAAGAAAUAUAUACAUAUUCUGAAGCUCAACAAAAGCUGCAGAAUUGUGUGGAAUCAUCUCUGCGCAAAUGGUUUGGGGGGAGGGGGAGGGAUCUUCAAGGAUAUGUAUUGCAUUCCAUUCACGCAGUGCUAUCAAUUUGUUGAAUUUGAGUAAUUGAAUGAAAAAAGGGCAUGGUCUCUUACAUGCAAUUGUAACAUUGAUUGCUGCUGAUGAAAUCUUGAUUUGGACAUAUGGCUACAACAAUUUGCACCUCAUGACUGAAACUGCUUUGAAUGGUCCAAAAAGCAUUACAAAGGCAUCUUUGGGCAUCUGAAAUCUCAGGACUCCUUGCAAUGCAAUCCUUGUCGAUUUUGCACAAAGGGAUAUGGGUCAAUAAGUAACAGCUUCCCAGGCAUUGGGCCCUAGAGGUACAAAUGUAGGCCUUUGUGUUAUAACUUUGGGAGAGCCAACAUGCCUGAGACUUUAAGCUGACCUACUGUCACACUUUGUAAUUAUGUUAAAAGAUGAAAUCUGAACAUGUGACAUGUGAUACAUCUGGCACAUAUGUGACAAUUGGGGAUCCAGGGUACAUGUAGAAUGUAGGGGUUUCCAGUCACAAUGGGACAUUUGGGGAUCCAGGGUACAUGUACAAUAUAGGGUUUCCAGUCACAAUGGGGACAUUUGAGGAUCCUGAAUACAUGUGCAAUAUAGGGGUUUCCAGUCACAAUAUGACAUUUGGGGAUCCAGGGUACAUGUACAAUAUAGUGGUUUCCAGUCACAAUGGGACAUUUGGGGAUCCAGGGUACAUGUGCAGUAUAAGGGUUUCCAGUCACAAUGGGACAUUUGGGGAUCCAGGGUACAUGUACAAUAUAGAGGUUUCCAGUCACAUGGGACAUUUGGGGAUCCAGGGUACAUGUACAAUAUAGAGGUUUCCAGUCACAAUGGGACAUUUGGGGAUCCAGGGUACAUUGUACAAUAUAGAGGUUUCCAGUCACAAUGGGACAUUUGGGGAUCCAGGGUACAUGUACAAUAUAGGGUUUCCAGUCACAAUGGGACAUUUGGGGAUCCAGGGUACAUGUACAAUAUAGGGGUUUCCAGUCACAAUGGGACAUUUGGGGAUCCAGGGUACAGGUAGAAUGUAGGGUUUUCCAGGGUACAUAUACAGUAUAGGGGUUUCCAGUCACAAUGUGACAGCAUUUGAUCAGACUCAGGAAGUUUCGAUUCAGGAAGUUCAACGUGGAACUACACAUACUUGAACUUUUUCAACCUCUGAAGCACUGUUUUCAGUGGAAAUUAUGCAGAUAGUUAUUAUGGAAAUGACACAAAAAAUGAUUUGCUUGUGUAACUAAAGAUGCAAGCUUUAUAAAAUUGUGCAGAUUACUUCUUUACACCUCAUAGCUCUCUCACUUUGUUUCAAAAUAUUGGUCACAGUGUUGGUUGGAAUGGUUGCAGAAUUAGGUUAUUAGGUAAUUGCAGAAUAUUUUAUAAAUUAUUAUGGAAGAUUUGUCCAAGUAUUAUUCACAGUAGCAUAUACAAUGAUGACUACUGAUAUUCCAUGUGUUUGAAAACAGUAUACACCCUAUCAAAGUUGCUUGAAUCUGGUUUGUGUUGAUGUUGGUUGUUACAAAGUUCAAAAAUAUAGCUAGAAUACUUAUGCCAGAAUACAUGCACUUUAUAACAUAAGUUAGGUUUAUGUAUAACAUGUAUUCAGUAGUCCUGCCCUGUCUGAAGACAAUGACGAUAAAGGUGAAACAAGUCACUUUUAUUUGUUACCUUGUCACUGGGAAACCAUGUGUACAUGUAUUAAGUAGUCCUGCCCUGUCUGAAGACAAUGAGGUAAAGGUGAACAACAAGUGACUUUUAUUUGUAACCAUGUCACUGGGAAACCAUGUUACAUGUAUUAAGUAGUCCUGCCCUGUCUGAAGACAAUGACCAUCAAGGUGAAACAAGAGGUCACUUUUAUUUUGUAACCUUGUCACUGGGAAACCAUGUGUACAUGUAUUCAGUAGUCCUGUCCUGUCUGAAGACAAUGACGAUAAAGGUGAAACAAGAGGUCACUUUUGUUUGUAACCUUGUCACUGGAAACCAUGUGUACAUGUAUUCAGUAGUCCUGUCCUGUCUGAAGACAAUGACGAUAAAGGUGAAACUACAGGUCACUUUUAUUUGUAACCUUGUCACUGGAAAACCAUGUGUACAUGUAUUCAGUAGUCCUGUCCUGUCUGAAGACAAUGACGAUAAAGGUGAAACAAGAAGUCACUUUUAUUUGUAACCUUGUCACUGAGGAACCAUGUGUACAUGUAUUAAGUUGUCCUGUCCUGUCUGAAGACAGUGACCAUAAAGGUGAAACAAGAGGUCACUUUUGUUUGUAACCUUGUCACUGGGAAACCAUGUGUACAUGUAUUAAGCAGUCCUGUCCUGUCCUGUCUGAAGACAAUGACGAUAAAGGUGAAACAAGAGGUCACUUUUAUUUGUAACCUUGUCACUGGGAAACCAUGUGUACAUGUAUUAAGCAGUCCUGUCCUGUCUGAAGAGAGUGACCAUAAAGGUGAAACAACAAGUCACUUUUAUUUGUAACCUUGUCACUGGAAAACCAUCUGUUGCUCAAGCCGGUAGCUAUGUGUAAUUCUGAUAUUAAUGUAAUGUAGGAUUUUACCUGUAAUUUCGUAUGACGCAUGAACAAAUGACGAAAGUAUUUUUCUAAGUGUUUGAAAAUGCUGUCAUGAUGUUUUUUUGUCAAACAUGUUUUUUGUCCAUGACAUUUUUCACAUUUAAUCGCACCACGUGUGAUAUCACUGAUCCAAAAUACUGUACGUGACCUAGACAAAUUUCGUGACCUAGACCGUAGCCAAAUUUCGUGACCUAGACAAGUUUCGUGAUGUAGACAAAUUUCGUGACCUGGACAAAUUUCGGGAAUGAAUAAUAUAAUUAUUUUGGCUGAUUCCGAGAGGUCUAGUAAUCUUAGAAACGUGUUUGUAAGUGGAGUUGAUAUUUUACUGGAAAUCUGGGAAAAGUUUGACCACCAAAAGUAAUAUUUUAUGUCUUUUAUUUGUCUCCAAAAUGUACGUUUAGGGCAAUACGGUGUGUUAUAUGACGGUGAAUGUUGGCAGAAAAAUCACUGAAACAUUUGUGAAGGGUUGAAAAUAUGCACGAGAACCAUUACCUUGUCAUAAUCUCGUAGGUACGGUCUGGAGGACAAACAAAAAUGCUAGAAAAGAAUGGACAUAUAUUUUUAUGGCAUUAUACUUAGACUUAUUUUUUGUUAUUUUCGUGACAAAUACCUGUAAAUCAGUCAACAUUGUUUGUUUUCUUGGCAUGGACACCUGGCAAAUUGUUACAUAUUAAAUGUUCUUAGCAUUCCAGAAUAAAAACUGUAUCUUGAGCUUGUAUAUGAAGAAAAACUGUUGGAUUUAGGUACGUCGAUGUUUUAAUAUGGUUAUAGGAUUUGUGAGGUUUGUUAUAGUUUUCGUUGGAGCAUUCUGCAAACAUAGCUCACUCCUUUUACAGAUGUUUUUGAGGGAAUAUUUUUAAACAAAUAUACAUGUAUUAAACUUGCAUGUGUGAAUUGUUGAGUGUUGAAUGUAGAUUGGUAUCCCUUUUGCUGAGUUAGUCACUACUUUGUUGAGUUUAGCUUGAAAGUAUUGUUUAUUGUUAUGAGUAGUGUGUCUCUUACUCCUAAGAAACCAAACUUUUGUUUUUCAUUCUCUUCUACAUGUACUUAAGAUCUGUGUUAGUGUAUGAAAAUACUUAAGGUCACGUAAUAGACUAUGCAUAAGAUGUAGGUAUUUUAUAUUUACACAUUUUGUUUAUAACUCAUCCUUUCUUUAUAUUUAUGGUGUAAGUUGCUUAAUUGUUUGUUUACCAUUGUGUUGAGCACGCACAUGCGGGAUAUUGAUGUGCUGUGUCCCUGAACUGUUAGAUCUGCUUGAUUGAUAUAUACGGCUGGUGAUGACAUUGGCCUCUCUUAUGCCUGUGUACUUGUUUGUACAAACAUUUCAUGCUAUAUGCAAGACAUUGUCAGCACACUUCCAGAAUGUUUCUAUCGCGCGUCUAGAAAGAUUCUAGCACAGUUUCUGAAUGUUCCCAGGGCGCGUCUAGACAGGUUCUAGCACAGUUUCUGGAGGUUUCUAGAUCGCAUCUAGAAAGGUUCUAGCACAGGUCUAGCAUGUUCAGAAAAGGUCAAAUGAUGGUUCUUGGACUGGUCAGUACAUUUGCUUGUGGUGAGAGGCUGAGGUUAAAUGCUGCCACCCUAUUAUGGUCGUUUUUUUUAGCUUACCUGUUGUUGACCUGUGAAAAAAGUUUUUUUUUUUCUCUCUAACUGGGAUGUAAAUCAACUGGUAUGUGGUUCUGUUAGAUUGAUCAUUCCAGCCAUAUUUAAGGAAGCAAGUUUGACAAGAAGCAAGCCAUUGUUCUAUAAUGUUUCAAGCCGCGAUAUAUUUAUGUGAGAAUGCAACAUAAUCCUUUCGUUGCUGGUUAUUUUAUUCUAACCAGCAAAUAAACUGAAAAUUUUCAAUGUCCCCUUUUUUCUACACCAGUGCAUAGAACCAUUAUUUAGUUUUUAUUAAACUCUUUACCAUGUU